AUGAUAUCUCCUGAGUACUGGGAAUCCUACCAUGAACAGCUUGGUGCCCUUGACCUCGCCUGUCAUCCGACAUCGUUCAUCCCCCGGGAUUGGGCCCUAAAUGUCGCCGAUAUAGCAAGUGAAUGGGUCGAGCAGCAGUUUGCAGCUCAUAUCGCAGGCAGACCGCUGGUGCCCGCGCCGCCCGAACUUGACCCGGAAACUAUGGUUGCUUGCGGACAGUUGGCCUCCGUGCUGGCAGAGGCCUAUCAACACCCCGUAAAACUGGACAUCGACGUUAUCCGGUACAACGAGGCGUUGGCCAAACGGGAGUCGGGAUUGAACGAUUCUCACGAAGAAGCAUUAUUGGCGAAGUUCCCCCCCGCUGAGCGCCUGGUAUUGGAACGCCCGUCGGUUGUGCUCGAUGCCGGCUACCGGAUAAUACUCUGGUACCUUCCGGGUGCGCUUAACUCGUCGGUGCAGCGUGAUAUGUACACCGCCACAAUCGGGAUGGGCAAUCUAUUGAAACAGAGCAUCACCAGUGGGAAGACGUCCACGGGACAGGCGAGUAAAUGGAGAACCCAUUCAACCAAUUUUUAUGCCUCCAAAGAGCCGCAGUUAAAGCCCGGGUGCAUCAAUAUAUCGCCUUGCUGGUUUCAACAGGGACACGAGUGUCAUGGGCCCCCGCCUGUGAACCCGGAGGAUGGCUUUAUGCCCGAAGUCUCCGCUACCUUGAAGGGGGACAGGAGCCUGUCGGUCAUCCAAGACAUGCAACGUCCGGGUCUCAUAUCUUCGGCCUCCCUUCGUGUCAUGCACCCGCAGUUAUACCGUGCAUCUAUAUCCACUCAUAUAGAGCUUGGGAAUUGGGCGGCCAAGCAAGGACUGGAUGAUAUGUGCAGGUUCCUUCAACAUUGGACAUCCGUCUACACGGGAGCGGCAAUCAUGUGUAACAGGAAGUCGCCGAGCCAUCGAGAUCCGAAAUGCCCCCCGGAAGGUUUCGAUAUUCUUACUUGCAUAGGCGGCUAUGGCCAUGGUGUCAUGCAAUUGACCAACUUGGGCAUCGAGCUCGCUUAUGAUCCGGGUGUCAUGGUUAGCUAUUCUGGCCGGCUCGUGAGGCACGGCGUUCAGGUUGCCGAGGGAGACAGAAUCGUCUGGGCUUGGUUUAUGCGCGAUAGCGUGCAUAAUUAUGCUCGGACCCCACGUACGGAGUAUGCAAAAUACAAUCUCGCAGACUUCGCGAUAUACCACCUAGCCCAAUACAAUCAGGCAGAUUUCAUUCGGUACCGCACGUUGUAG